AUUAAGAAAAAAAAAAAAGAAUUGAGAGAGAACUAGAUUGUUUUAAGAUAUGCACGUCCUGCACUGUGAAGGACAGGGAAUAUCUGCCUCAGCACAAGAGAAACUCCAAAAGAUCCAGGAACUGGGUUUAGUGUUGUCAAAGCACAGUCCCUGCUUUCACCGCCUUUAGUCCCGAACUGCUCGAACUGAACACGCAGCAUACCCGGCCGCAGGGUAACUCGGAGACGCUGCGCACGUGGGCGGAGGCGGGUCGUGGGCGCGCGCUCGGGGGCGUGACCUCCUGGAGACGCCGGAAGGCGGCGCGCCUGAGCGUCCGGUUCCGGGAGCCGCACUUCUGCGUCCCUGUCAGAAUGGACACUCCAUGAUGGCAGGGAUCUUUGUUCGCUAAUGCGUCUCAAACACCUAGAACAGUUUCUGUACAAGGGUGCCCUCAGGAGCCUCCAGUUGAAACUCCAGCAGAAGCCAGGCAUGAUGGCUGUGGACACAAGAAAGUCUGCUGGCCAGCUGUUCCAAGCCCCAUGGGGUCAGCAGGGGCCUGUGAUGGUAAAAGUGAAGUUGGAGGAAGACCACCCCAGGAAUCAGGGUCUCAGCCUUCCAGAGAACCAGCCUCCUGCCUGGGAGAUAUUCAGGCAGCAGUUUAGACACUUCUGCUACCAGGAUUCCCCUGGUCCCCAAGAAGCACUGAGCCGGCUCCGGGAGCUCUGCCAUCAGUGGCUCAGGCCAGAGACACAUACCAAGGAGCAGAUCCUGGAGCUGCUGGUGCUGGAGCAGUUCCUCUCCAUCCUGCCCCAGGAGCUCCAGGCCCGGCUGCAGGAACAUCAUCCAGAGAGUGGGGAGGAGGUGGUGACCAUGCUGGAAAAUCUGGAAAGAAAGAGAAAUCUUUCAGCCUGUGCUCUGGAACAGAAGAUCCUUUUGCAGACAGUGACACGUAAGACACUAGAUGAAGAAUCUUCAUGUACCCGAGUUCAGCCUCCAGCAGUCCAGUUCAAGGGCAAAGGACCUGAGCCCCACCCAUCAGAGGAAAGAGAUGGUGGUGUGAGGACUGAGAACCUGACAUUAGAAGUGAAGCAGGAACCUUAUGAAGAAACAUUAUGGUGUAGGGAGGGGUCUGAUGGACAUCAUGAAACCGUGUGUCAGCAUGCCACAUACAGAGGAGACAGUGAGCCUAGUGGAAGUUUGGAGUUGCAGGAUGGGGAUACCACAGGUGAAAAAACAUAUGACUGUGAUGAAUGUAGGAAAACCUUCACUUGGAUAAGAGGCCUUCAGAUGCAUAGGAGGAUCCACAUUGGGAAGAAACCAUAUUCCAGUACAGAAUAUGGAAAGGCCUUCAUCAGAUGUGCAGAACUUACCCAGCAUCAGGGGCUUCAAAGCAAGGGAAAACCUUAUCAGUGUAAAGAGUGUGGCAAAGGCUUCAGUCAGAAAGCAGGCCUCUCCCAACAUGUCAAAAUCCACACUGGAGAAAAGCCCCAUCAAUGUAAUAAAUGUGGCAAAUUUUUUAGUCAGAGAUCGGUUCUUACAAAGCAUCAAAGUCUCCACACUGGAAAGAAACCUUUUGAAUGUAUAUAUUGUGGGAAAACCUUCUGCCAUAGUGCAGACCUCACUGAACAUAAGCAAUUCCACAACAAAGAGAAGCCUUAUGAAUGUAAUGAAUGUGGGAAAACCUUCAGGCAGCGUUCAAAUCUUACUGAGCAUCAGCGAAUUCACAGUAAAGAAAAACUCUAUGAAUGUAAAGUAUGUGGAAAAGCCUUCGCUCAGUAUGCAGGACUUAACCAACACCGGAGAAUCCACACUGGAGAGAAACCUUUUGAAUGUCCUGUAUGUGGACGAGCCUUUAGCCGGAGCUCAGAACUUAUAAUACAUCACAGAAUUCACUCAGGGGAAAAACCCUAUGAAUGUGCCGAGUGUGGAAAAACCUUUAGAGUGAACUCAACCCUGGUCAUACAUCAGAGAAGUCACACUGGGGAGAAGCCCUAUAAAUGUGAUGAGUGUGGUGAAGCCUUCAGUCAACACUCAGGCCUCAACAAACACAAGUUAGGAGGGAAGCACAGAAACCCUCCUAAACCGAGAAAAUAUACGUGUGAUGUAUGUGGGAAGACCUUUACGCAGUUAACUGGCCUGAGGAACCACAAAAGAAUCCACACUGGGGAUAAGACCUACCAAUGUCCUGAGUGUGGCAAGGCCUUCACAAGGGGAGAGCAUCUUAUUGAACAUCAGGGGAUUCACAACAAGGAGAAGCCUUAUCAAUGUAAAGAAUGUGGCAAAGCCUUCAGUCAGAAGACAGGUCUUAGUCAUCAUCUCAAAAUCCACACAGUAGAGAAACCUUUCAAAUGUUCUGAAUGUGGGCGAGCCUUCAGCUGUAAGUCAAAUCUCAAUAAACAUAAGAGAGUCCACUCUGAGGAAAAAUCCUAUACAUGUAAAUAGCGUGGGAAGGCAUACAAGCAGAGAGCAAUGCUGAUGCAACAUCAGAGAGGCCACAUCCUACUAAGCCCCAGCAGUGGUGAAUGAGGUGAAGCCUGCAGUAGAAGCUCAGUUCUGAUUAAGCACCAGAGAAUCCGCUAAAAUGACUCCUUGCCAAGGUGUUUGGUGACAACUUCAAGUAGAAUUCAGAAUUUUUUUUAAUUGAGAUAAAAUGUCUCCUGAACUUCCUUAUUUAAAGAACGUCAGAGAUAACACAUUGAAAAGUUGUUUAAAGGUCAUAAAUACUGGAAGAGUUGAGAUUUGGGAAAAAUAAACAUCAACAAGAAAUUUACCUGUGAUUACCUUUGUUAAAUGCAGUGAAGUGUCAUUUAAUACAAUGAAAAGGUACACAAGG